AAAUACCACUUGUUUAUUGUUUAAAUAACAAGCAGCGGGCGAAUUCGUAAUCAAAGGAUUUAAUUCGAUUUCAUCCUGAAUGUAAGCACUUUUUUACAUUAAAAUUUGGCUAAUAAAACAGACGAGUUCUCAAAAAGGACAAUAAAAUAAACGUUUUCUUUUAAAAAAGGUAAAUAAGUGAGAUCGCUCUCGAGUUUAUUUCAACAUUUUUCUUUAAUUUAAAAGCACACUCAAAAUGGUUUGGCUUAGCUCGUGUUGGUCACCGUGCAUUUGGACAAACAGUUUGAAACAUGGAAGUUAUGCCGUUGCUGCCUAUACAGUUGCAAUGUCUAUUGUUCUCAUUACAAUGGUGGUGUAUGCACUAAGCGGCGGCGAUUCUUCCCAAUUGUAUUCACCAUUAUUUGAAACAGACAUUCGGAACUCGAUGAUAUUCUAUGGUGUACUUUGGAUUGUGUAUUUUAUUGCACUGAUAUUGUCGGCCUAUUUGAUUUGCUUUGGCAUUAAGAUCAGUACUCGAGGAUGGUUGUUGCCAUGGCUCAUCUUGUGGGGAGGUGGAUGCAUAUUCCAGUUCUUGUUCGGUAUUUGGCUUUUGUAUGGAUACUAUAUUUAUUUGGAAGCGACCUAUGCAUGCUUCAUAAAUUGGUUAUGGAUGGGCUAUAAUAUAUACUGUUGGUUGUGUGUGUUCUCACAAUAUCAAAUUUACCUCCAAAUCCAAUCACCCAACAUUGAACUGUUGAUGCCAUAAACAUGCAUAUCCAUUCACACAGCCAUUAGAGUAGAAUUAAAGCUUUACAGCAAACGCAAUCGGAUCAAUGAAUUGCUAUUGCAAACGGCAACUACGUUCAAAUCACACAAACAUUCAAUUAGUUGAUAAGUUUUAAAGAAUUAUUGCUAUCACAUCGAGAUCUAUGUAAGAAUUUUAUUUUUUUACUCGCGUGAAUCUCUUGAACAAAUAACCAUUUACAUUGUAUUAUAGGCAUUUAGAAAUGAUUUUUUUAUAUAUCGAACAAUCGAAUUUGAUAUUUCGAUUUAUAUUCCUAAUGCAACCAAGCCGGAGAGAAAGUAUACGUGGUCUUAUAAUGAUAAUUCCGUCCAACGAUUUAACAUCGUCGCUUUUUGUUGUUGUCAAAAUCUCAUCAUUUAUCCAUAUUUAUAUUUAAUUUAGAAUCCGCUUCUGAAGAAAAAGAGACACAAGUAAAUUUAAAAUUUUUGUAAGAUUUUGUUUUUGAUUGCAUUUACACCGAAGACGAUUCUUCUUCUUUUUUUGAUGCGAAAUAAACGAAAGCGAUUUUAAA